UCUUGUUCUUGUUCUUGCUCUUAAAGAAGCUGAGAAAAGAGCAGAAAGCUGUAGAAGUGAGAAGGUGGUGUCACAUUGUAAAAUUGUGAAAUAUCUCGUCCAAUCGGCUGUCGCAGGCCAAUUUGCAGUAUCCUUCCACCAAUUUCUCUAUGUCGAAGCGGUCCAAGGACCCUUGUAAACCAUUUGCCUGCGCCAUUCAAGAUUGCCUCAAUGCCAAAAACUUUCAAGAAUCGGCCUGUGUUGAUGUAAUUGAAAAUUUGAAUGAGUGCUGUCGUCACUGGAAACACAAGUCUUUAGUGUGUUCUGGUAUGUUAAUUGGCCCAGCAGAAGUAGAGAAAAGUGAUGUCAAGUCAGACGGAACCUCAGGGGUCGAGGUUCGGAAGGCGUAGAUUUGGCCCAGUCGAAAAGACAACAUUCUUUGGCCGCCACUUUCGGGCCAUCCAUCACUUAGUUGUCAUUUUGGGAGUGUCAGGUUUCUUUGGCCCCUUUGUCUAUCGCUAUUUCAACAG